AUGGAAACAGAGCCAAGAUGGCUACUACAAACAAUCCUCGAGCGUAGUUUUGGCAAUUAAACUACAUUAGUUGAUCGAAGAACAGAAAUAUUGUAUCAGCAACAUGCCACUAGGGCCGUUUGGAGAGGUGGUGGGCACGACAGGCACACUUGAUGCCCUCGGCAUUGACACCACGGCAUACAAAAGCAAGGUUAUAGCUCCGCGCAAUCCAAAACUCCUUAAACUUGGGGAAGAUGAAGGCUUUAAGAUGACCCCGAGCAAGUACAUGUUUGACAUGGAGAUGAGCACGGAGCAGAAGCUGGCCAAUACCCACACAAUGAAGAUUCCCCGUAAGAUAGAACUGCUGGACAUGGCGGACACAAGUUUACAGAAGUUUUCCCAGGUGAACGUAGAUGAGCCCAUGUUCCAGCCGUUCCCAUCAGAUAUUUUCUUCCAGAAGUUUGAGCCAUAUGAGACAUAUGAGGUGCCACUGGUUCUACGGAACAAUGAUAAGGUACCAAGGUUGGUGAAGGUGACACAGGCAGACAGCCCAUACUUCAAGAUUAUUUCCCCACACGACGUGGGCAACAAGGUUGGACCAGGGCUCCCAACAACAUUCCGCUUACAGUUCACACCGGAUGAAGUGAAGGACUACACACAUGAGCUGGUGUGCAUUACAGAGCGGGAAAAAUUCAUUGUCCCAGUCCGGGCCAUUGGAGCAAGAGCUGUGCUCGACUUCCCGGAUGAAAUAAACUUUCCAAUUGGACCCGUCAAAUACACAAACACAAAGACAUUGCUAAUCAGAAAUAUUGGAAACAAAGAAGCAAAAUUUACUCUCAGCUGUGAAAAACCAUUCAAAGUGAGUCCAGAGAUUGGGACCCAGGCUGUCGGAGAGAGCCUGCAGGUUAGUGUGGAGUUUACGCCAGAUGCCGUAGGGGACCACUGCCGUGACCUACUCCUGCACUAUGACACUGGCGAGGAUGUGUAUAUCCGGCUGUAUGGAGCGGCCCAGGAUGCCAAUGUGCGACUUGACAAAAACUCCAUCCGCAUAGAAAACACAUUUAUCUCCAUGGCAAACCAACGCACAGUGACCAUCAGCAACCGGACAAAUGUGCUGGCUCACUUUCGCUGGACGCAGUAUGCCACCAGGGAGGAAGAGGACCAACAGAAACUCAAGGUGAGGUCUUCAUUGGAGGAGAGGAAAGGACGGACUCAGACCGCUUUCUGGAAGAGUGCAUUCAGGACCCGACACUCCGAGACAAACUCUCCAUCCUCUCGCGCACAUUCCAGAACAGGAAACAGCUGAUCCAGAAUGAUGAGAUGCUUUUUAAUGACGAUGUUGUGAAGAUAGAACCGUGUGAGGGAGAUAUCUGGCCAAACUCUAGCGUUGAUGUGAAUGUGAUCUUCAAGCCCCGUGAAGCUAAGAGCUAUACGCGAA